AUGCAUCCACCACAUCUUCAACUAAUGCUCCAGUUACACGAACUAAACCGACCAAACCAACGAAACGUGUCGGAACAUACGAAUGGUCCUGAUGUAGGAGGGAGUGAUGAAGAAGAAUGUGAUGUAUCCACCACAUCUUCAACUAAUGCUCCAGUUACAAGAACUAAACCAACCAAACCAACGAAGCCCACUCAUCCUACAAGACCAACAAAGCCAACGGAACCUACCACAGUUGAUGAUUUUGUUUCUUGUGAAGACGUGUCGGAACAUACGAAUGGUCCUGAUGUAGGAGGCAGUGAUGAAGAAGAAUGUGAUGCAUCCACCACAUCUUCAACUAAUGCGCCAGUUACAAGAACUAAACCGACCAAACCAACUAAGCCCACUCAUCCUACAAGACCAACUAAGCCCACUCAUCCUACAAAACCAACAAAGCCAACAGAACCUACCAAACCUACAACAGUUGAUGAUUUUGUUUCUUGUGAAGACGUGUCGGAAUAUACGAAUGGUCCUGAUGUAGGAGGGAGUGAUGAAGAAGAUUGUGAUGCAUCCACCACAUCUUCAACUAAUGCGCCAGUUACAAGAACUAAACCGACCAAACCAACUAGGCCCACUCAUCCUACAAGACCAACUAAGCCCACUCAUUCUACAAAACCAACAAAGCCCACGGAACCUACCACAGUUGAUGAUUUUGUUUCUUGUGAAGACGUGUCGGAACAUACGAAUGGUCCUGAUGUAGGAGGCAGUGAUGAAGAAGAAUGUGAUGCAUCCACCACAUCUUCAACUAAUGCUCCAGUUACAAGAACUAAACCGACCAAACCAACUAAGCCCACUCAUCCUACAAGAUCAACAAAGCCAACGGAACCUACCAAGCCUACAACAGUUGAUGAUUUUAUUUCUUGUGAAGACGUUUCGGAACAAACAAAUGCCCCUGUCAUAGGAGGGAGUGACGAAGAAGAAUGUGAUGCAUCCACCACAUCUUCAACUAAUGCUCCAGUUACAAGAACUAAUCCAACCAAACCAACGAAGCCCACUCAUCCUACAAGAACAACAAAGCCAACGGAACCUACCAAGCCUACAUCAGUUGAUGAUUUUGUUUCUUGUGAAGACGUGUCGGAACAUACGAAUGGCCCUGAUGUAGGAGGGAGUGAUGAAGAAGAAUGUGAUGCAUUCACCACAUCUUCAACUAAUGCACCAGUUACAAGAACUAAACCAACAAGACCCACUAAAGGUACACAUCCUACUACACCAACAAAGCCAACGGAACCUACCAAACCUACAACUGUUGAUGAUUUUGUUUCUUGUGAAGACGUUUCGGAACAAACAAAUGCCCCUGUCAUAGGAGGAAGUGACGAAGAAGAAUGUGAUGCAUCCACCACAUCUUCAACUAAUGCUCCAGUUACAAGAACAAAACCAACCAGGCCCACAAAGCCAACUACGCCAACAAGUCUACCAACCACAACAGAAGUUGGUACCGAAUCUACAACACCUGAAGAGUUUGUUUCUUGCGAAGAAGUGUCUGAACACACCAAUUUACCGGAUUCUACCUCAACAACGGCAACCCCAGGGGCUGGGGAAUCAUGCGAAGUUUCCCAAGAAAGCAAAUCAGCUGAAUGUGAUCCGUAUCAUAUUAUAGUGCACGAUUCCAAAGAAAAGCAUACGCACAGUCACAAACAUUUUGACGACUCCGGCGCUGUUGAACACAGCAAUGAAGAGGAUUGUAAAGAUUGUGAUCCAUAUCAUGUUUUAAUUUAUGAAACGAGCAAAGAAGAUAUCAAAGAUCCGCAAGGGAUAAUAGAUAGAGCUACAAGCCGUCGUGAUAAACAAGAUCGCAAGGAGAAAGAUGGGAAAGAAAAGCGUGACUGCAGAGGACGGCCAGUAUUGUGUCAGGGAUGCAAAGAUUUGAUUCGAGAUGGUCAAAAGAAACCACAUGAAAGGUUUAGUGCAUUAUGCCAUUCAUGUCAAAAGAGAAUUUUAGCGCAUCAUUUAGCUUCAGCUGAAGUGAAUUAUUCGGGAGAUCGAAGGUCCGAUGAAGAAGUUCAUACAUCUCAAAAAAAUCGUAAAGCUACAAAGUGCAGCCGCGAGGAAUUUAAAGAAUCCGAUUGGUACGCGAGGAAAUCACCAAUUUGGGAACUCCCUGAAGAUGAUGACUGUGAUGGCACCACCGGUCCAACUACAAAACCCACUAGCCGUCCCACUAAAGCAACACGUCCAACGCGACCUACCAAACCAACGAGGUCAACGACUCCAUCCAUUCCAACUAAACCAACACGACCAACGAGGCCAACAAUUCCCACUGAUCCAACAAAACGAACAAGGCCCACACGCCCAACGAAACCUUCUACAACUACUAAAUCAGAUUGUUCGAGCGAAGUUCAACCUGAUCAUGGAUACGUGUCUUCUGAAGAAUGUCCCGAAUCAAAGAAUCAACAUGAAAAGCAACAAAGCUCUGAAAUAAUGAAAGAAACAAAAGUCGAUGCUGUUGAAAUGGAUUCUUCUGAAGAAGUUGAAAAAAUAAUUCGUGGAGCACGGAACAGACAGGGUAGUUGUUCAAGUUGUUCAUCAUGCGCAGGUAAACGGUUCAACUUUGAUGUUGACGAUAUGAACGUUUACAAAACCGGAACCUCUCCAUCAGUAUCGCCUCAUUCUGUUUAUUGCUGCUGUCCACAAUGUGUAUCUCAACAUGAACAAUAUCAUGCAUCAUUGGCUCCGGUACCACUUCCGACUUAUAAUUCAUAUGGCUAUAAGUGUGGCUGUUCCUCAUGCGUUCGCUUGCCGGUUGAUCUGCCCCCAGCACGGUCUCCGCAUUCAACAAUAACACAUAUUUCUGACCACGCUCAUGUUGAAACACCACUGCCAUAUUCACGAAGAGUUAUUUACAUUAAUGAUAGAGAAGAGAACAUCCCAUCAAUUCCAUCUAUAGCUGCAUCAAUGCAACCAGUGGCCGACAAUACAUAUGGUACUGAAUCAUGUGGUUGCCCACACGGGGAAGGUUAUCCCAACGGAAGGAAAUGCCCUUAUUGUGCGCCAUAUCGUGGUGAAAUGACCUAUUAA